CCGAGGGUGAAGGGGGGCCCCCAGUCUCCCAAUUCUCUUUGGUUCCCCUCCUCCAUCUCCCUUAUGCCUCUAUUAUCCCCCCCUUUCCCCUUCCCCAUAUUCCACUCACUGUUCCCCUAGUUAACCCCCAGCCUCUGUUCCGGACUGUGUCCCCAUUUCCUCCUGCCUCAGUUUACCUGCCGGUUUCCUCCCCACCCUUAUGCGUUUCUCUUUCUCUGCCCCUCACGGCUCAUCUCUCCUUCCAGAUGCUCCCCCCCCCCCCCAACACGCCUUGGGGUGAAGGGAGCCGGCCCUAACCGGCUCAGUCAAACGUUGACCCGCCCGCUGGGACUUGCCCCUGCAGGACGGGAUCCGGAGGGAGAACGCUGUCCCCACCCCGUGCCCGCCUGCUUCAAGCUAAGGCCCGGACUCCCGGGGCUCGUCUCUCCCCAUUUCUUAAAGGAAAGCCUGCCGACCCCGCCCUGUGCCCCGGGGACGCUUGGCUCCCAGCGGGGACUGGGCUCGCGCAGGGUCUGGCCUGCCCAGCCACCCUUUCCAGGCCCUCCCGGACUCCAAAGGGUCAAUCCCCAAAGCGCCCUCGCUAUUCAGAAAGGGAGGGCUGAGCCCCUCCCCCCUCCCCCUGCCAAGCUGCGCCCAUGCGGCGAGACCUGGGAGACUUCGGCCAAGAGGCAGCUUCCAGCUCCGGCGUUUUUGGAGGAAAUAAGGAAAAACAGGAGACUCUGGAAGGACUUUCCAGGAGCAGCUUUUCAGUUGAUUCCGAGAUCCCUAAAAUGCCCAAACGACGGAGUGAUCUGUUUAGUUUUUUAAAUGUGAAGAAGGUGAAAAUGGGUGCAGAACAGGAGAUGAAUGAAAAUCAUGGUGGAGCAUGGCAGCCAAAGGACCCCAGGGCCGAGCCCAUCACGGGAGAGAAACCAUCCUGCUCAUCAAAGGAAGCCGUGGACCACCUUGUGCUUCCAGACUGCUGGAGCAAAAAGCAAGCCCUUCUCUUCACAGAUCAGUACAAGUGGCUGGAAAUAAAAGAAGGUAAAUUAGGGUGUAAGGAUUGCUCGACGGUCCAGCACCUAGGAGCCAGGGCAGAAAAGCACGUCCAUGUGUCCAAAGAGUGGAUCGCCUAUUUGGUAACCCCCAAUGGAAGUAAUAAAAUUACCAGACAGGCUUCUCUGAGGAAGAAAAUGAGAGAACAUGAUGUUUCUAAAGCCCAUAAUACAAUUCAGGACUUGAUAAAAGGACCUACAUCUAGUGACCCAGUUUCCAGUUCUGCACCUAAGCUGAGCAUCAAAAAUAUCGACGCGACGGUCAAAGUUUUCAAUACUGUUUACAGUUUAGUAAAAUGUAACCGACCAUUAUCUGAUAUUGAGGGGGUCAUAGAAUUACAAGAAGAAAAAGGAGAAGAUAUAGGCAGUUGUUUACAUACCCGAUACAGCGCCACCAGAAUAGCAGAACAUAUUGCAAAAGAGAUGAAGAUGAGGAUAUUUAGGGAUAUUAUAGAAAAGAAUGCCAAAAUCUGUGUCGUCAUUGAUGAGACAUCUGCCGUUUCGAAGAAGAGCACCCUAGUGAUUUAUCUCCAGUGCACGGUCCAGUCAGCCCCAUCACCUGUAAUGUUAUUCGUCGCUUUAAAAGAAUUAAUGUCAAUGACAGCCGACUGUAUUUUCAGUACAUUAUUAUCCGCUUUAAAUGAUUGUGGCUUUAAUAAUGACUAUUUGAAUGACAACUUAAUCGCAUUUUGUUCUGAUGGUGCUAAUUCAGUGCUGGGAAGAAAGUCUGGAGUGGCACUAAAGUUGUUGGAAAAUUUCCCUAAAAUCAUCCUUUGGCACUGUCUGAAUCACCGACUGCAGUUAUCACUUGAUGAUUCAAUAUCUGAAAUAGAACAAGUUAAUCAUUUAAAAAUGUUUCUUGAUAAAACUUAUUCUAUUUAUCACCUAUCUAAUACAAGUCACACUGAGCUAGAAACUAUAGCUAAAGAACUUGAACUUGAAAUUAUUAAAAUUGGUCGAGUCCUGGGACCAAGAUGGGCGGCAUGUAGUUUACGAGUUGCUACCGCUGUCUGGCGUUCAUAUCCUGCUUUAUACGUCAGCUUUUCCCAGUCUUCUUCUUAUUCUGGUUUGGCAAAGAGAUUAGCUAACAUUAAUUUCUUGAAAGACCUUGCUCUAACGAUGGACAUUCUUGAAGAAUUUUCAUUACUCUCAACUGCAUUGCAGUCAAGAUCAACUAAUAUUCAGAAAGCUCAAAAAUUAAUCCAAUGUACCAUAAAAGCUCUGGAAAAUUUAAAGACUCGUCCUGGGAAAUAUGAAUCUCAGAUCGAGGAUCUGAUUAAGUCCAAUGAAUUUAAAGACAUUCCAUUUAAUAAAAAUAAUAAAUUUAAUACUCUUCCUAGGAAUCUGUUAUUGGAAAAGAUAAUUCAGCACAUGCACUUACGUCUUUUGUUGGAGGGAAAUGAUGAUGAAGGCAUUUUGAGUUAUUUCAAUUUAUUAGAACCAUCAACUUGGCCUUACGAAGAACUAACGUUGCCUUGGAUAGCUGGGGAAAGAAAGCUGGAUCAUUUAAGUGAAAUUCUAAAAUACGAAAUUGAUUUGAAUGAUUUUCGGGAUUUUGUAGACAAUAAUGUAAAAUCAAAGAAGGCUCCCAUCCCCACAACCAUACAAGAAGCACAGAAGAUAGUCAGAACUAUCGCCGUCGGCAGUGCCGAAGUGGAGAGAGGUUUUGGUUUAAUGAACGUAAUUUGUACAAGGGUGAGAAGUAGUUUAAAGGUCGAUCACAUAUCGGAUUUUAUGACAAUAAAUUUACUGGGAAAAGAAUUAGCAGAUUGGGAUGCAACUCCAUAUGUCAAAUCAUGGAUGAAUUGCCACCACAGGCUAGCCACGGACACAAGAGUCCGGAAAAAAGCCACCAGAGCCUUCUACGAAGACAGACUGGCUCUGUGGAAUCUGCGGUAGUUUUGUACAGUCCCUCGUUAUUUGUAAAUGUGUGUAUAGACUAGAGCCUUUCUAUCAAUAAAGUUUAUAAUGAACUCC